UUAUCGUUAUUUUACAAACAUUGUACCGGUAUGACCUCUGUUGAUUGUGUACUACACUUCCGAUAUUUUACUAUAAAUACGAGGAUCACAUGGGUCUCUGUAUACCAACAAGCCAAGAGGAAGACAACUGUACGGGCGCCACAGGGAGACCAACUUUUAGAUUCUGUAUACCAACAAACCAAGAGGAAGACAACUGUACGGGCGCCACAGGGAGACCAACUUUUAGAUUCUGUAUACCAACAAACCAAGAGGAAGACAACUGUACGGGCGCCACAGGGAGACCAACUUUUAGAUUCUGUAUACCAACAAACCAAGAGGAAGACAACUGUACGGUCGCCACAGGGAGACCAACUUUAAGAUUCUGUAUACCAACGAACCAAGAGGAAGACAGCUAUACGGGCGCCACAGAGAGAACAACUCAAAGUUCUGUAGCACAAAGAUUUAAAGUUUCAAAACAGGUCAUCAACAAUUCAACAUGAAUUUUGAGGCUAUAAUAACGCUUGCCAUAUAUGUGACGUGCGUGUCGAUAUCUGAGGUCAGCGGCCAUGGCCGACUAUUGGAACCACCAGGCAGGGCCAGUAUGUGGAGGUUUGGCUACAACUCUCCCCCAAACUACGACGACAAUCAACUUUUCUGUGGAGGAUUUAACCGUCAGUGGAAAAUCAAUGGAGGGAAAUGUGGAGUUUGUGGUGAUCCCUGGAACGGAGCUCGUGAUCAUGAAGCUGGCGGGAAAUACGCUACUGGAACGAUUGUCCGCCAUUACAGUGAGGGACAGACAAUCAGUGUCAAUGUUCAGAUAACGGCGUCACACAAGGGCUACUUUGAGUUCCGUCUGUGUCCUCACAACAACCCCAGUACCCGUGUGUCCCAGGCGUGUCUGGACCAACACGUCCUACAACAGACUGACGGCAGCACUCGUGUACGAGGCUGGUCAUCCCACCAACUACACGAUCCACCUCAAACUCCGGCAGGUGUCACGUGCUCACAAUGUCUUCUCCAGUGGAAAUAUAAUGCAGGAAACUCGUAUGGCUGUGACGGAAGCCAUUGCUGUAUCGGAUGUGGAGAACAAGAACAGUUUUACGGCUGCGCUGACGUCAGUGUAGGAUCUACUGGCAGUUCGUCAUAUUCAUCCCAGACAGAUGCCCUCGUCUGUCCAUCAUCCGGUCAACGUUAUAUCUCAAGGACAAACACAACCAUCGGGAAUUCAUUUCCAGCUUCAGUCAUCUGCUCAACUACAGGGACAAUACAUACAAAACCAUCAGCCCAUUAGCUAUGUUCCACAGAACACCUAUCACGUCAUACCCGGUAAUCUUUUUUCCCAUGGAAGCGGAAGUCAUCAGGAGCCGUGUAAGGCUACCCCUCGAUACCGAGCAAUCUAUCAGUACGCCGACCAGUACUGUGCGAUACAGUGUAGUAGAGGCAACUGUCCAGCUGAACAGUAUUGUACAUCGGCUUGUAGGAGGCUGACAGGUGGCAGAUAACUGAUUAAAGUGAUAUUGUGACAUUGAGGUAAUAAUGUGAAUGUAAGAUAGGUGUCUCCUGUAUGUUGUUAUGGUUGUUAAGUUUGCAUGUGUGUUCAUCUCAUUCAUUGACCUAAUAUUUUUAUUUAAACUUUACAAGAAAGCUACGGUAGCGUCAUUUUCAUAUUCCUAUUUCUUUUAUAAAGUGUUAUUUAUUACUUGUAUGCACAUUUAUAUAUUCACACCUUUUUGAUAAUAAAACUAUG